ACAUCUACCAUUCCCUCAAAACAAAAUGUCUACUAAAACAUUUGCUUUGCUUCAACUACUAGCCGUCACAAUUUUAUACAACCAUGUUCAUGCAACAAGUCCGAUCAAAACCAUCGUAGUUGUGGUGAUGGAAAAUAGAUCGUUCGAUCACAUGCUUGGAUGGAUGAAGAAACUAAACCCGGAGAUCAACGGUGUGGACGGGUCGGAGUCAAACCCGGUCUCAGCGUCGGACCCUUCCUCUAAAAAAAUCAAAUUCGGGUCGGGUUCGCAUUACGUAGAUCCGGACCCGGGUCAUUCGUUUCAAGCAAUAAGGGAGCAAGUAUUCGGGUCAAAUGAUACAUCCAUGGAUCCUCCACCGAUGAACGGGUUUGUUCAACAAGCAUAUUCCGAGGACCCUAGUGGUAACAUGUCGGCGAGUGUUAUGAAUGGUUUCGAACCUGAUAAGGUUCCUGUCUACAAGUCUCUUGUCUCCGAGUUCGCUGUUUUCGAUAGAUGGUUCGCAUCGGUUCCAUCAUCGACACAACCAAACCGAAUGUUUGUGCACUCAGGGACAUCAGCGGGAGCAACCAGCAACAACCCUAUCUCACUUGCAAAGGGUUAUCCUCAAAGAACCAUUUUCGACAAUCUUGACGACGAAGAAUUCUCUUUCGGUAUAUACUACCAGAAUAUUCCGGCGGUAUUGUUUUAUCAAAGCCUAAGGAAACUCAAAUACGUGCUUAAGUUCCAUAGCUAUGGGAACUCUUUCAAGGAUCAUGCAAAGAAUGGGAAGCUCCCUGCCUACACUGUCAUUGAGCAACGUUACAUGGACACCCUCUUGGAACCGGCUUCUGAUGAUCAUCCAUCCCAUGAUGUCUACCAAGGACAGAAGUUUAUAAAGGAAGUGUACGAGACCCUAAGAGCGAGCCCACAGUGGAACGAAACUUUAUUGAUUAUCACUUACGACGAGCAUGGUGGGUAUUUCGACCACGUGCCCACACCGGUUCACAAUGUUCCUAGCCCGGACGGUAUAGUUGGACCGGAUCCAUUCCUAUUUCAGUUUAACAGGUUAGGUAUUCGUGUACCAACAAUAGCAGUGUCCCCAUGGAUAGAGAAAGGAACGGUCGUACAUGGACCAAACGGGUCUCCAUUUCCAUCGUCAGAGUACGAGCACUCUUCAAUCCCCGCGACUGUGAAGAAACUGUUCAAUCUAUCAUCGCCUUUCCUCACGAAGAGAGAUGAAUGGGCUGGGACUUUUGAGAACAUCUUACAGAUCCGAAAGGAGCCUCGAACUGAUUGUCCCGAGACGCUACCGGAACCGGUUAAGAUAAGAAUGGGAGAGGCGAAUGAGAAAGCUCUUUUGACUGAGUUUCAGCAAGAGCUUGUACAACUAGCUGCGGUUCUAAAAGGUGAUAAUAUGCUCACAACAUUUCCUAAGGAAAUAAGCGAAGGAAUGACGGUGAUUGAAGGGAAGAGGUACAUGGAAGAUGCUAUGAAACGAUUCUUAGAGGCUGGUCGUAUGGCUCUUGCCAUGGGAGCGAAUAAAGAAGAGCUUGUCCAUAUGAAACCUUCCCUCACCGAAAGAAGACAUUAAGCUUGACUUCCCAUUCUUCUUUUAACUUCUAUCACAUCUAGAUCUCAUACUUAUAAGUCAAAUCCCCGAUAUCUUAUAAAUAAACGGAUUGUUAAUUU